CUGAUCUAUCCGCAACGCACGUAAACAAAAGCGGCUUACAUCUCUGAUUAUGCAAGUGAAUAUCAGUUUAAAAGCUAUACAAUUUUAUUUGUGAAUUAACAAUAGCCGAGAGUAAUAGGUAACUAUCAAUAGCAAACGAGUAUGACCCUGUUCCAGCAGCCACGCUGGCUGCGCCGGUGGAUCCGGCGACGCAUGAAUCCGAUGCCCAUUAACAGAGCCGCUCUCUGGAAGGGCAGGCUAAGCAUCCUGUACGGAUUGCUAGCUUGGAAUGCGCUCGGCUUCGUGGCCUACCAGAUCUACAACGGCAAAAAUGACUGGGCUAAAUAUUACGGAUACAAAACGGAAGAGGAUGCCGCUCUGCCACAAGCUUACCGGAUAGCGAAGCAGCUGAACGUACAAAAUGCGCGGGUCAUGAAGUUCGCAGGGGUUUCUAAAAAGGACGAGUACGAAAUCAAGGACAUGGAAAUUGUUCGAGAGGACCAACCUGAGAACAGCACGUAGAGUGAAAGACAAUGUUUUUUUCUUGUAGAUACAUGAUUUUAAUUUCUGUUCUAUAAUAGUUACUAACAGGCUACAUGCUUGAUGAAAUAUAAAAUUUUCCAAAAAUA